AUGCCUUUUGAUCUUCAGUAUAUAAAUGUGGAAAAUUUAUCUUUAAAAUAUUUUUAUUUUCACUUCAAAAAUAAUGCAAAAUCUCCAUCAAUUAGUUAUAAACAAAAAAAUAUGAAUGACCUAUUAAGAGAUAUCUCUACAAAUACCAAGCUUUAUGACGUACAGAGCGCCGCUGGGCACAUUUUGCUGGUAGCAGAUAUGUGUUUUUUCGUCGCUUCCAUAAUAGAUGCACAAAUGAAUUAUCAAACAGUCUUUCAUACAUCUUGUUCUUUAAAUGUAGGCAAUAUGUCUAUUGAAACAGCCACAACUCUGGGUUAUAUCAUCAGGCUAAUUUUCACCGCAAUUCUAUUAAUAGCCAAAAUUAUUAACCUUUACAAAUUUAUAGCGAGGACUAAUGUAUUCCGAGUUAAAUGAAUAUAAAUGCUCGUACUGGCUUUAUUUAGCCUAAUUUAAAAUAGUAAAUAGGGUAAUGGCAGAUCAGAAGUAAAUUUUAUUCAUUUUAAUUGGUAUAUUUCCUAAGGUCGGAGCCUUGUAUGCUCCUUUCAUGUCAAGCGUGCUACUGACAGUAAUUAUAUAUGACUUUGACAACUGCAGCAAGGUCAGUCAUAUUUUCAGCCUGGAAUCAUCACUAGAGCUGAGUGGAAUUUAUAGUGUUAUUAUUUUAGCUGUUUUAAUUGGACUUGUGUCAAUUAAAAUUAUAACUUAUGUGCAGAAAAGGAGCCAGCGUUACAAAAUUUUUACUGUUUUAACUUUGCUAUUGACAUUGUGCAUAAUUGUUGGGUCUUUAAUUGGGCUGAUUUCUGAAAUAGAAAUUUUAAGGAACGAUAAACCGUAUGCAUUUGUGCUGUUUGAUUUAUAUAGCUUUUGUAUAGCGCUUGUGUUUUUGGGGGUUACAGAAUGGAAAAGAUUUAAAGUAUAUAUAAUGAGGAUCCGACCAAGCACUUAA